AUGUCAGAUAUACUGAAUACGCUAUUAUCCAUUGCCAUGAUAUUUGCUCCUACUUUGGGCUAUUUUGACCAAAUUAGGAUGAUUGUAAAGAAAAAGACCAGCUUAGGCUUUAAUUCAGUGACAUGUGCCAUUCUAUUAUUCUCAAAUAUUUUGCGUAUCUUCUUUUGGCUUGGCAAGAGAUUUGAUAUGACCUUAUUAUUCCAAUCUAUUGCAAUGAUAACUGCAAUGUUACUCUUAUUGUAUACAGUCAUUCGAUAUAAGCCUAUCGCAUCCUUCAAUCCACUGACAAGAGUUGAUUCAUCAAGUAGUAUUUCAUUUAUAGAAGACGAAGACAUAAUUGAAGUUGACAAUCAAAAAUCAUCUUUCUGGGCUUGGGACCACUUUUUGGAUUAUUUCAAUUGUUUAUUAGCUUAUACCACCUUGAUCGCCCUUCUAUACCUCAUCUUCCAUCAAUAUAACACAUUUAUUGAAGCUCUUGGCUUUUUAAGUCUAGGCAUUGAAAGCACAUUACCUGUUCCUCAGAUCUUGACCAAUCUUAAGCAUAAGAAUGUAGACGGAUUCAGCUGGGUUAUCUUGGCUAGUUGGUUCCUUGGUGAUGGAUUUAAAGCCUUUUAUUUCUUAUAUACUCAAUCUCCUAUUCAAUUCGUCGUCUGUGCUAUCCUUCAGCUCUCAUUUGACACAAUUAUCGUUGGACAAUUCUUGAUCUAUUCUUCACCUAUCUUAAAGAAAUGGCUUGGUAUCCAAGACAACUAUGAAUCUAUUGCAUAA